AUGUUAUCGAGGAUGUUAUACAAUUCAAACAAAAUUAUAAGCCUCAAAACAAAACAAACAAAAAAUUUGAAAAAUGAAAAAAUAAUCAAGAUAAAUUUCUGUUCAACAAAUAAAGAGAGUGCUAUAAAAGAUGAGUAUUUGGUUUAUCCGAAAAGUAAAAAAAAAAACAAAAAUGAGAUUAAUGGAAAAUUUAUCCAAUUAAAAAAUUCGGACAACAAUGCCAAAUUUGCUUUAAAUGGGUUGCUUAAAACCAACAGCUGGCCAAAAAAGAAAUUCUCGAAAAAUAAAAAUGAAUUGUACAUGCUACAAUGCAGAAAUAACCAAGAUAAAAACAAGGUUGAAAAAAAUAUAAACUUUCAUGAUUUGAAUGUAAUUAUUACUAAAAAAGUUAAUAAUAUGCAGAAUAUAAAUGAAGUGUAUAAAUAUAUUUUUUAUAAUAAAGAUAUAUUAGUUCCCUUAAAUUAUGUCGUAUGUAUUUAUAAAAUUUAUAAAUUAAUUAAGAAAUAUAAAUAUAAUAUUAUAAAUCAUAAUCUUUUUAUAAAUAACCAUAUAAGCAAUAUAAGCAGUGAACAUUUAAUUAAUAUUUCAAAUGUUUAUGAAAUUAAUGAUUAUUAUCGAAUAUAUGAAAAUCUACAUACAACAGAAAAAAAAAACAAAGAAAGAAAUGAUAUACAUUUAAAUAAAAAAUUUAAUGAGUAUAAUUUACAAUAUACUUAUGAUAAUAUUAAAAGAAUUAACAAGAAAAAUAUAAAUGUUGACAAUUAUUCUGUUAUUAAUAGUUUUGCUUUAGAUUAUAAAAAUGAUAUAUUACAAUAUGUAUUAGAUAAAAUAAAUAAAAAUCAUUUUAUUAAAAAAUUAACAUAUAGACAUUUAUCCAAUUUGUUGUUUUCUCUAAUCAAUAUAAAAUAUUAUAAUAUCAGUACAUACUUAUUAUAUAUAAAACAUAUAAAUAAUAUGUAUAAACACCUUUCUUCACAAUCUAUUUCAAAUAUCAUAUAUGCUUAUUCAUUACUUUUUAAUUUUUAUUCUAUCGAUUUUACUAUAAACUAUUAUAAUUAUGUCUAUAAAUAUUAUUUAUUCGAUGAAGUAAAGAAAAUAUAUUUACAAAAAGAUAUAUUAAACCUUAUGUUUCUUCUACUUAGUAGAUGCAUGUGUAUACAUGUGAUCAAAUCGUUUAACUUUAAUUAUAAUUGUAACUAUUGUCUCGAUUAUUUUUAUGAAGGGAAUUUAUCCAUAUAUGACGAAUACAAACUAAAGGAAAUAAAUAGCACAACAAAAAAUACGAAUGAUUUGAAAAAUAAUGUUAAUGAUAAUAUUGAUGAUAAUACUGAUGGUAAUAUUGAACAUAAUAUUGAACAUAAUAUUGAACAUAAUACUGAUGAUAUUAUUGAACAUAAUAAUAAGAAGAACCAUAAUCCAUAUGGUAAGGAUAAAUACAACCAGUUACAUAAAAGUAAAAAUACAAAAAUAUUUCAAGAAUUUUUUGUUUUCUUAUGGAGUAUGUCAAAAUUGAAAAUUAAUAAUAUAUACAUCGAUCUAUUAUAUCAUAUAAUUUAUAAAAAUAGAAAAUAUAUUUAUAAAAAAUUAAACGAAAAGGAUAUAUGUAAUUUAAUACAAUCCAUGAGUAUAUAUUAUCCAAUUAAAAAAUUAAGUCAAUAUUAUCCAGAAAAUAUAAAUUAUAAAAUAAAAAUAAAAAAAGAUGAAUGCUUUUUAUUUGAUUAUGAUAAUUUUUUAAAAAAUACAUUACUUCUAACUAUUUUUCAUAUAGAAAAAUAUAAUUAUCAUCAUUAUUCUAUAAUUCUUAAAAGUAUACAGAUAUUGCAAAACUUUAUUCUUUUAAACAAUGACAAAAAUGAAAAUAAGAACUCAUUAUGUUCAGAUCAUUCAUUUGAUUUUCAUGAUACCAAAAAAGGAAACACAAAUAUGAGGAAUAAUAAUAAUAUUAAUAAUAAUAAUAGAAAUCAUUAUGAUGAAAUUUUUAAAAAUGAUUUUUUGUUAGACCAUCAAGAUGUUUCUAAAUAUAUUGAAGAUAGUGUACAUGAAAAUAAUGAUUUCGAAAAUGAAGACUUAUAUUUAAAGAAUAACAAUUAUUUAGAUAUUAAAUUAAAUGGGUAUAAUUCUGGUGAAUACACAACUGAAGAAUUACAUAAGAAUUAUAAUAAUGAUAAAUCGUAUACACCUUUAGAAAUAAAUAAUGAAAUGUAUCUUCAUAAUAAUCUAAAACAACACGAUGACGUAAAUUUUAUAUCAACUGAAAAAAUGAAUAUAACAAACAAUGUUUUCUUUAUUAAUAAAUCUACCACUCCUCUUUUAAUUCCUCAUAUAUUAAAUAACCCCAAGAUGAACAUAAUUAAGAAUAUAUUAAAAAAGUUAACACAUAUGAUCAUCAAUAAUUUAAUAAUAAAAUUAGAAAAGGAAAAUGAAAGCGUAUGGAAAAAUAUCAACUAUUCUAAAUAUAUUUCAAAUUUAAACUUACAGUAUCUAUCCAUAUAUUUAUACAAUUUAUGUCAUAUGAAUAAUUAUUAUAUAAAAGAACAAACAAAAAUUCAUAUGAUAAAUAUUAUCAUUCCCAUAUUAGAAAAGCAAAUUAACUCUUUAUUAGUUUUUGAUAAGAAGCCAAUGAAUAUGCAUAAAAAUGUGGAUAUAACUUUACAAAAAAACUAUUAUGAUCAUUUAGUUUGUUUAAGUAAUAUUAAUUAUUCAUUAAAUAAAAGUAAUAUAAUUAAUGAAUCCAUUAUUAUCAAUUCUUCGUUAUGUUUUUAUAAAUUAUAUCGAUUUUUUUUUGAAAUACAUAAAUGUAAUUCGAAAGCAUGUUCUGGUUUUGACGACUCCUUUUUUAAAUACAUUGAUAAAAUAAACGAAAGGAUAUUAUCAAUUUAUAAUUGGACAGCUUCACAUACAAAUAUUGGAUAUAUACCCCUGUUGACCUUAACAAAUUAUAAUUAUUUGUAUAUUAUAUAUAAAAACCAAAUUAAUAAUUUCAAAUCGAAAAAUAAUAUAUUCCGUUUGCUAAAAAAAGUGUUAUUGCCUAUAACAUUGUAUAACAAUAUUACAUUAAAUCAAUUACGCUUAAUUUUAAAACUUUUUAUAAAUUAUUUUAUGUGCAAUUUAAAUGUACAAAUAGAUAAUAUUGUUUAUGAUGAUCAUUAUGAUAUACUAACAUGUAUAUACAGCAUGUCUAUAAUAAUCACAAAUAUAUUACAUAAUAUGAAUAUAAAAUAUAAUUACAACUUAAAUGAAAAUAUAAUUGAUAAAAAAAUUGAAAAAAUAUAUUUUAAUUACACACAAUAUUAUAUAUAUAUUGCUAUUAACAUUAUAACAAAUUAUUUUUAUACUUUAUAUAGUACAAAUAUAAGAAACAUACAUAACUCAAUUUUAAAAAAUUCUAAUCAGGAUAUUUUCAUGAAAUUUUAUACAGUAUAUUUAUUCAUAAAACAUUAUGGCCAUUUAAAUCUUGUCUAUAAUAGAGCAUUGACAAAAAAAUUUUUAAGAAUUGAGGAACUAGCCAAAAAUGAGUUUUUUUAUUUGGAAAAUUUUCUAUCCAACCUGACCGAGUCAGGUAAUAAUAAUAUUCCCUGUCCUAAUAUAUUAAAUAAAUAUAAUUCAAAUUCAUUUGUAAAUGAAAAUACGUUUGAACAAAGUGUUGAAAAUAUAAUGAAAAGAAAAAAUAUAAAUGAGUAUAAGGAUGGUAGUGAAAAUAAGAAGAUAGAUAUUAAACUAAAUCAAAAUGAAUAUUGUGAAAACUUAAAUGUAUGUAUGCAGAAAAUAUCAGAUGAUAGAAAAUAUAAAGAACAUCUAAAAGCAUAUAUAAAUAAUAUUAAUAAUAAAAAUAAUAUAGAAAAAGAAAAUUUCGAUAUUUUCAUUUUAUUACAAAAGGGGAAUAUCAGUCUGAAUGAACAUAGAAUGGAUAAAAAUAUUAUUCUAUUUUUAAAACAUAAAAAAAAUUUAUGUUUUCAAAAAAUAUUCAAUGAAAAUAUCCAUAAUGCAAUAAAAACUAUUGAGGAACAUAUCAUGGUGAUGUUUAAAAAUACAGAAAGUUCAAAAUCGCAUAUGAAAUUAUAUGAAUAUAUAAAAAAUAUUAUAGAUAAGAAACAUAAUAAAGGGUAUAAUCAAGUAAAAUUAAAAAAUGAAUUUAUAAUUAAUAAAAAGGAUUUAAAAUUUGUAGUUGAUAUUUAUGAUGAAAAUACAAAUACUAUAUUUGAAAUUGAUGGAGUUAGUCAUUUCACAAAACAGUACACAUUAAUUAAAAAUAAUAAUCCGAAUAGUUUUAAAUAUGUUUAUAAUUAUAAAUCUUAUUAUAUUUUUAAACAUAUAUUAUUAAGUAAAUAUUAUAAAAUAGUUCAUUUACCUUUAUAUGAUAAUAAACUUUGUAAGAAUAUUAUUUAUAAUUACUAUCAUAAUGAAUGA